GUUGCGAUUGGUCCAUGGUGCGCAAUCUCCUGAUGAUGGCCAACAAUUCGGUUCAUCAUCUGUGCCCGAUUACCUAUCACUUUUAUUAGCUCAAAGACACCGACUGGCAUAUCAUCCCGAAAGCAAUAGCGAAGAAAGUUCUUCAUUUUCAUAUCAACCGCGGUGAGUCAUACAGCUUCUAGGGCUAGGAAUAGUCAGUCAGUAUCGUUCGUCAUGUAGAAAAGAUUAGCCAUUGAACUAAAGACGCGAUAACAGCCACGCAGUCUACCUAUAGCCAUAGAGGAUCGACGCGUUCUUCGACAAAACAAUGGAACUUCGCGAAUGGGCCCCGCUCGUUAAUCUGGUUAAUAAGAUUCCGGCCUCGGUGCAGCGCGGAUUGCUCUUUCACGAUGUUUCCAUUACCUGUAUGGAUGUGGUCGAUGAAUUCGUGGCCCUUGGAAGCAACGUCGGGAUUGUGUUCUGGUACAACCGGAAGAGCGGAUCUGUGGAGCGGCUUCAGACCGAGCAAUCCAAUCAUCUAACGUGCGUUCGAAUAAUUUCCACGGUCGAGUUUAUGGUCGCAGCCGGCGAUCGACAGGGAUCGAUAAACAUCUUCCAAAUUCCGAAAGAAGCCCCACCGGACGUUUGCGCCGAACUGCUACUGAAAAGCAAACCGACCGAACGGUACACGAUCCGCAAUGUGCACCGAGCGGAAAUUACCGAUCUUGUGUGGUCCAAGAAUGGGAUGAAACUGUUUUCCGGAGACGGGAGUGGGGCUGUUGUGCUGAACGAGAUCAACUAUCAGAUCAAGACGUGCGAAGCCAGGGAGAUCGUGAACGAAAAGUACCACGUGGUCCAGAUGAGUCUGCGCAAGGACAAACUGUUGGUUUCAACUACAUAUCGAGCUGUGAUCUGCUCUCAGGAAGAUUCGAAGCGGUGGCGGGUGACCCAGGUUGGGAAGAAGGACCGGACGCUUCCUAGUCACUUUGGGACUGUCUUCCACGAAUAUCACUCACAGUCUCGUGUUGUAACGACUCGGUCUGGGUUUCGACUUUGGGUGGCCGAUCUUGAAGGAGACGUCGCGCAAACCCUGAUCUUCAAGGAAUUGAUCAAAACUCCAACGGUUGAAAUCCCCAUCCUCAACCCCAGCAAAUAUCCCAUCAGGAUUCCAACAACCUUCGGAAAACUCUAUACAUUCCAGGAUAAGUUCCUUCUGUCCGUAGCCAACGAUAUGUUGUUUGUUAUGGACCUAGACCAAAUGAAAGUUAUCGCAUCCCUUACCAGGUUACGUCGCAUAAUCGACAUAGCAGUCCACAAGCACGAGAUCUUCAUUGUUGAAAGUCCUCGAUCGCUGAUUCGCCUAUCCACCCUUCCGGAUAGCAGCCAAGCAACGAUCCUGUGCAAAAACCUGGACCUCUUCGCUACCAGUGACAGUGAUAGCCAAAUAGUGGUAGCAGAUGAAUGUCUCGAACUGGAACCACAAUCUGCGGCGGUCCCGAAUGCAACCGCCAACGGUCACUCGAACGCAGAUUCCGACCUCCUACAGGGCGCUCAACCCGUGGAGCAGAACCCAACCGACGGAUCCCACCACUUGAUAACCCACAUGAAAAAGUUGGAACUCUUCGAAACGCUGAACGACCUCAAGUACGACGAAUCCAUUCGGUACAAGAGUGGGCGCAAGACGAAGCGGAAGCACAAAACCAAUCCCAUAGUCGAGAUUGGACAGAUUCCGAAGGAGGUGGAAGAUGACGGGAACGAUUCGAGCCCGGUGGCGGCGGCGUCUUCCGCUAGUAAAGCAUCCGAUCCGGUGAUGCAGUGAUAGGUUAUCAAAAUUUGCUUCUCAGUGUGAUAUUUUAAAACGUUUCCGUUCGUUUUUGUUGAGAUAAAUUAUAGGAUGUCGAGUUUAUUGAAAGUCUAUGUUAGGAAAAAAGCACCAUUUAAUAGUGUAUCAAAUAUGUGACACGACGCUUCGCAAGCACAUUUUGCGUUAAGGUUCAAAGUUUAUUGAAGAUUACUUCUAAUAAAAAAAACUUUUUGCAUUUGAUGAAACAGGA